CAGUUAAACCUCACCGCUUAGUUGGAGAGACUCCAUCUCGAUAUCUACGUGCUCUGCACUAGAAGAAUCCACGUGUGGAUGUCUUUGGUUCCACGCAGAAGACUCUUGACAUCCUCUCUUCUCAGUUCAUCUUCUCCCUACGUUACCUUGUCUCGCCAUCUUUGUUUCAACUCGGACAUGCCUAAAAAACAGAUAAAGAGAGCUCAAGCUGAUCAGAAGUGGCAAGUGAAGCCGAAGAUUGAUGCUCCGUGUGGAUCCAGUAGUGAUCGUUCUGUGUCCGUUGCUGCUGAGGCAGUGAAGAACCAGUUUGGUGGGUUGAGUCUUGAGGAAAGCAACGCUAAUGUUCAAGUGUGGAAGCCUAAGGCUGUGAGUUCAUCUAGAGAUGCAACACCUCAAAAAGCUGGUCUCAAUCAGAGGAAGUUUUAUGGAGGUGAGUACUUGGAUGAUUUUAAUGUGGACAAGUCGGCUUAUUGUCAGGCUCAGAUUAGAGCCACUUUUUAUCCCAAGUUUGAGAAUGAAAAGACGGAUCAAGAGAUAAGAACACGGAUGAUUGAGAUGGUGUCUAAAGGGUUGGCAACGCUGGAGGUUUCUCUUAAGCAUUCAGGUUCUCUCUUUAUGUAUGCUGGGCACAGUGGUGGAGCAUAUGCAAAGAACAGUUUUGGUAAUAUUUAUACUGCGGUUGGUGUUUUUGUUCUUUCACGGAUGUUUAGAGAGGCUUGGGGAACUAAGGCGGUAAAGAAGGAAGCAGAGUUUAAUGAUUUUCUCGAGAAAAAUCGCAUGUGUAUAUCUAUGGAACUGGUAACAGCUGUUCUUGGAGAUCAUGGUCAACGCCCACUGGAUGAUUACGUGGUAGUGACGGCUGUUACCGAGUUAGGUAAUGGCAAGCCAAAGUUCUAUUCAACUUCUGAGAUAAUUGCGUUUUGCCGGAAAUGGCGUCUACCAACAAAUCACGUUUGGCUGUUUUCCACAAGGAAAUCAGUGACCUCUUUUUUCGCUGCCUUUGAUGCACUCUGUGAAGAAGGGACAGCAACUUCAGUCUGUAGAGCUCUUGAUGAAGUAGCUGAUAUAUCAGUCCCAGCCUCCAAGGACCAUGUGAAGGUGCAAGGUGAGAUAUUAGAGGGUCUUGUGGCACGUAUCGUGAGCAGUGGGAGCGCCAGAGAUAUGGAGAAUGUCUUGAGAGAUCAUCCCCCACCACCCUUUGAUGGAGCUGAUCUUAAUUUGGGACUCAGUUUAAGAGAGGUAUGCGCUGCCCAUAGAUCUAACGAGGAACAGCAAAUAAAAGCACUUUUAAAGAGUGUUGGCCCAAGCUUUUGCCCCAGUGACUUGGACUGGCUUGGAGAUGAAUCUGCGGAUUCUCAUUCAAAAAAUGCUGACAAAUCUGUUGUAACAAAAUUUCUUCAAUCUCAGCCUGCAGAUUAUUCAACUAGUAAAUUACAGGAAAUGAUACGCUUGAUGAAGGAAAAACGUCUUCCAGCCGCAUUCAAAUGCUACCAUAAUUUUAACAGAGCUAACGAUGUGUCACCUGACAACCUAUUUUAUAAAUUGGUUGUCCAUGUGCACAGUGAUUCAGGAUUUAGGCGUUACCAGAAAGAGAUGAGGCACACCCCUGGCUUGUGGCCUUUAUAUCGAGGUUUCUUUGUUGAUAUUAAUUUGUUCAAGUCAAACAAAGAGAGGGAUCCGAUGGCUCUGAAAAGCAAUGAUAAUGCGGUCAAAGAUGCCAGAGAAAAUAGUGGUCAACAAGGAAAAGAUGGUUUGGCUGAUGAUGAUGCUAACUUAAUGAUAAAAUUGAAGUUUCUCACAUAUAAGUUGAGAACCUUUCUGAUCCGCAAUGGCCUAUCAAUUCUCUUUAAAGAGGGGCCGGCAGCUUACAAAACCUAUUACCUUAGGCAAAUGAAAAUAUGGGGGACUUCUGAUGGAAAGCAGAAAGAACUUUGCAAGAUGCUUGAUGAAUGGGCUACUCACAUAAAAAGAAAAUGUGGAAAUAAACAGCUAUCUUCAUCAAUAUAUCUAAGCGAAGCGGAGCCAUUCCUGGAGGAGUACGCUAAACGGAGCCCAAAGAAUCAAGUUUUGAUAGGGUCUGCUGGGAAUCUAGUGAGAGCUGAGGACUUUUUGGCCCUUGUUGACAGUGAUCUAGAUGAAGAGGGUGAUCUUGUGAAGGAGGAAGUGACACCAGCUACUCCUGAGCCAGCUGUGAAGGAAUCUGUCCACAAGACUGAAGGGUUAAUUGUAUUCUUUCCAGGGAUUCCUGGAUGUGCUAAAUCUGCACUUUGUAAGGAGUUAUUGAACGCCCAAGAAGGCCUUGGAGAUGAUCAGCCAGUGCAUACUCUGAUUGGUGAUCUUGUCAAAGGAAAAUAUUGGCCAAAGGUUGCUGAUGAACGUCGUAAAAAGCCUCAAUCAAUUAUGUUGGCUGACAAAAAUGCCCCAAAUGAAGAUGUCUGGAGACAGAUUGAAGAAAUGUGUCGGAAAACUAGGACUUCUGCAGUUCCAGUCGUUCCUGAUUCUGAAGGAACCGAGUCAAAUCCAUAUUCACUUGAUGCCUUAGCUGUUUUCAUGUUCCGUGUACUUCAAAGAGUUAACCAUCCGGGGAAUCUCGACAAAGCAUCUUCGAAUGCAGGCUAUGUGCUGUUGAUGUUCUACCACCUUUAUGAGGGAAAGAACCGCAAAGAAUUUGAGAGUGAAUUGAUUGAUCGAUUUGGCUCCCUCGUCAAGAUGCCGCUGUUGAGAUCAGAAAGGAGUCCUUUACCUGAUCCUGUUAAAUCGAUUCUUGAGGAGGGCAUAGACUUGUUCCAGCUCCACAGUAGAAGGCAUGGGAGGCUUGAGUCCACGAAAGGAACCUAUGCAGCGGAGUGGACUAAAUGGGAGAAGCAGCUUCGCAAUACUUUAAAUGCACAUUCCGUGUAUCUCAAUUCUAUUCAGGUUCCGUUUGAGUCUGCGGUUCAGCAUGUGCGAGAAGAGCUAAAACGAAUCGCAAAGGGUGAAUACAAACCACCAAGCUCAGAGAAAACAAAACAUGGGUCUAUCGUCUUCGCUGCUAUCAACUUACCCGUUACUCAAGUCCAUAGUCUUCUUGAAAAGUUAGCCGAAUCAAACCCAACAAUGAGAUCUUUUCUAGAAGGAAAGAAGAACCGCAUAGAAGAAAAACUCGAACGUGCCCACGUCACACUUGCCCACAAGAGAAGCCACGGAGUAGCAGCUGUAGCAAGAUACGGUCAACACCUAAACAGAGAAGUACCCGUAGAGCUCACAGAACUCAUCUUCAACGACAAGAUGGCUGCUUUUACAGCCCAUGUAGGAUCUGUGGACGGAGAGGCCAUAGUCUCCAAGAACGAAUGGCCACAUGUUACAUUGUGGACUGCAGAAGGCGUUACUGCAAGAGAAGCCAACGCUUUGCCUCAGCUUUAUGCAGAUGGCAAGGCUAGUCGUAUAGUGAUAGAUCCUCCUGCCUUAGUCUCAGGUCCUCUGGAGUUUUUCUGA